UUUGUCUGGUGUUGUCCUACAGAUAAUGGUCUUGUCCUUCAGAUUAGUACUGUACACAGGUAUUGCCUUCUCCUGACAACCGAGAUGAUUGAUGCUUUAUCCUGAUAGAAUUACACCAGUUGUAAAGGCACGCACUCCCAUUCACUUCAAUGUGCAAAUCCACUUAAAAAUGCACUCUAAAUCUGUGAAAAGGUUGUUACAUUGACAGGUUCAGCCACCUUACCUCACACCUAGUCAAAUAAGGGUUAAUAACUUUGACUAAUUAAUCAUUUAUGAAUUAGAAUUUCCCACAGAUUAUCAUGCAUAACCUGACCACAGAGAAUGUGUCGGAGUUCACCUGUGAGGAAUGGCUGUCUAAGACCAAAGGGCCCAAGAGGACCAUGACAUGCGAGCUGGCUGCCGUGGUGGACGAGGAGGAGAUGGUGGAGAGCACCACCUACAUUAUCCAGGUGCAGGCACUGACGCCAACGUGUGGAUCAUUGUGUUUAGGGAGAGCCGUGACACUGGGAACCUGGCUCUGAAAUCCCAAAAUUUUGAUCACAAGCGUGAUCCGUUUCCCUGAUGUGCUCCGCAUCGGGGAGCUCUCCAAGGUCCGGGUGUGGCACGACAACUCAGGUCAGCCAAUCAGUCAUCAGGAAUAUGAUGCCAUGACCGGGAGGGGAGCCAAUUGCAAUCACAGUGAACAAGUCAAAAUAAGAAACCUGCAUACCUAUUGGUUCUAUCAAAUCAAUUGUUAUUUGUCACAUGCCUUGUAAACAACAAGUGUAGACGAACAGUGAAAUGCUUAUUUACGGGCCCUUCUCAACAAAGCAGAAAGAUAAAGAGGGAAAUAAUCAAAAAAGAAUCACACAAGGAAUAAACACACAACGAAUAACAAAACCUUGGCUAUAUACACAGGGCACCAGUACCGAGUCGAUGUGCAGGGGUACAAGGUCAUUGAGGUAGAUAUGUACAUAUACAGUAGGUAGGGAUACUGUGACUAGGUAACAGGAUAGAUAAAACAGUAGCAGCAGCAUAUGUGAUGAGUCAAAAGAGUUAGUACAAAAAGGGUAAAUGCAGAUAGUUAAAUAGUUAACCAAUAGUUACCCGGACUAACUAUUUAGAAGUCUUAUGGCUUGGGGGUAGAAGCUGUUCACGGUCCUCUUGGUUCCAGACUUGGUGGAUCGGUACCACUUGCCGUGCGGUAGCGGAGAGAACAGUCUGUGACUUGGGCGGCUGAAGUCUUUGACAAUGUUUAGGGACUUCCUCUAAAACUGCCUGGUAUAGAGGUGCUGGAUGGCAGGGAGCUGUACGCCCCGUACCUAAAUCUGCAUUGUGUAUUUAUGCACCGACUGUGAACUAGGUCGUUUUUAUGAUAUUUUGUUUAUCACGCCUGUCUAUUUCACACCCUGUCAGUUGUUUCAUACUCUACUGAUAUGUCAUGAGCAGGGCCUGCUCCAGGGUAGCAUAUAGAAUACAUUAAUGUAAAAGAUGAGGACCUGGACAAGACGUUCCGUUUCCAUUGCGACCGCUCUUUGGCCAAGAAUGAGGACGACGGUCAGACGAGGACGACGGUCAGACGAGGGCGACGGUCAGACGAGGGCGACGGUCAGACGAGGGCGACGGUCAGACGAGGGCGACGGUCAGACGAGGACGACGGUCAGACGAGGACGACGGUCAGACGAGGACGACGGUCAGACGAGGACGACGGUCAGACGAAGACGCCGGUCAGACGAGGACGACGGUCAGACGAGGACGACGGUCAGACGAGGACGACGGUCAGACGAGGACGACGGUCAGACGAGGACAACGGUCAGACGAGGACGACGGUCAGACGAGGACGACGGUCAGAUCACGAGGGAGUUGGCCUGCGCCAACAACGGCAUCCUCGAACCUCCACGAGAAGACCUGUAAGAUCAGUUGCACACAAGCCUGAGUUCUCUUUAGUAGGGCCGAGCAUUUCUCCUGGUAAGGCUAUGCAGUCAGGAAGAAUUCCUGGCUCUUGUCUGUACAGUGUUCCAAUCAGAUCAUAAUGAAAUGACUGUAGUGUACUGUAAUCUACUUGGAAUCCUAUCCUAUUGCAAUCCAGUCCUCACAUAACCCCAGUUGCACAUUUUUGUCCUAGCCUUCUAAGCCCUUGAUUAGUUGAAUCAGGUCUGCAACAAAAAUGUCCAACAUUGGGGUUAUGCAAGGGCUGGACACCGACUGUACUAAUGACCUACGUUUGCCUAAUGGACUGUUCAAGAGAAUUCGGUCCCCCCAGGGCCAAGCUAACGCAUUGUGUCUGUACUUUUGUUUGAAACAAUAUGAAAUGAUUACCACCAC